AUGCCGUCGAAGGGACGACCAAGCUCGAGAUCUAAGGCUAAGACUGUGGACACUGAGGCUAGUGGUUCACAGGUCACAGCUCAGGAUAUUCUGGCGAAGAUUCCUUCGGUUGAUUUGGACAAUGUGCAUGUGAAGGAGAAUUUGUCGUUUGGAUUUGGAGCUAGGGUUGAUGAAGGGACUGUUCAAGAUGAUAUAGCGGAAGAAUUUGCACAAGGAGCUUCAAAUUGUUUACUAGGAUUGACAAUUGUUUUUACGGGCGUGUUGCCAACUAUUGAUCGCCCUACGGCUGAAGCCCUUGCUAAGAAGUAUGGUGCACGUGUGACCAAGUCCAUAUCUAGUAAAACGUCUGUUGUUAUCCUUGGUGAUGAGGCAGGCCCAAAGAAGUUGGAGAAGAUCAAACAACUUGGUGUGAAAGCCAUUGAUGAAAACGGAUUUAAACUUUUGAUUACUGGAACGCCUGCUGAGGGUGGCGAUGGCUUUGCUGCUGAGAAGGCCCGCCAGCAGUUGAAGAAACAAGAAGAAGAGGUUCAACGUGAGGUCGAAGAGCUUUCGAAAAAAGAAAUAGAAAGGGAGCAUAAGACACGUUUGAAGCAAGCUGGUACUCCUUCGUCAGCCUUAAACUUGGUUAGGGAACAAGAUAAGCUUUGGACCGUCAAGUAUGCUCCUACAAGUUUACAACAGAUAUGUGGUAACAAAGGUGCAGUUAAUAAACUAAAGAAUUGGCUAACUAAUUGGGCAAUCAAUCAACAGAAUGGUUUUAAAACUCCUGGUAAGGAUGGGACGGGUAUCUACAGAGCAGCCAUGUUGUAUGGUCCUCCUGGUAUUGGAAAGACCACGGCCGCACAUCUGGUCGCCCAGGAAUUGGGAUACGACAUACUCGAACAAAACGCAUCAGAUGUGCGUUCAAAAACUCUUUUGAAUUCUGGUGUGAAGAAUGCUUUAGAUAAUACUUCUGUUGUAGGGUUUUUUAAAAAUCAGGAUGCUAAUGUUAAAGACAAUAGGAAUAAAUUUGUUAUUAUUAUGGACGAAGUUGAUGGUAUGAGUGGUGGUGAUAGAGGUGGAGUUGGACAAAUGGCACAGUUCUGUCGAAAGACCUCCUCACCUUUAAUUUUAAUUUGCAAUGAACGUUCAUUACCAAAAAUGAGACCCUUCGAUCGGGUGGUUUGUGAUAUUCAGUUUAGGAGGCCAGAUGCGCAAUCAAUGAAAGCUAGGUUGAUGACUAUAGCUGUUCGCGAAGGAUUUAAACUGGAUCCAACUGUCAUAGAUCAAUUGGUUGCGGCAACCCGUGGGGACAUCAGGCAGAUCAUAAACUUGUUAUCAACAGUCUCAAAGACUACUAGAUCUAUCAACCAUGACAAUUCUAAGCAAAUAUCUGCGGCGUGGGAAAAGAAUAUAGCGUUAAAGCCUUACGAUAUCACUCAAAAGUUAUUUGAAGGUAGAAUAUAUUCUGGAUCUGGUCCUGAACAAUUCCCGCUGUAUAAAAAGAUGGAGUUAUAUUUCGAUGAUUUUGACUUUACGCCAUUAAUGGUACAAGAAAAUUAUCUGAAUACUCGACCAUCUAAUUUACAUUCAGGGAAGUCGCACCUGGAGUUAAUUGCUGAUGCAGCUGACUCGAUCUCUCAAGGAGACUUGGUUGAAAAGAAAAUUCGUAGUGCUGAACAACUGUGGAGCUUGCUUCCAUUACAUUCAAUAGUGUCAUCCGUUAGACCAGCAUCCAAAGUUGCUGGUCAAAUGGCUGGAAGGAUCAAUUUUAGUUCGUGGUUAGGUCAAAAUUCUAAGAUGGGGAAAUAUUAUAGAUUACUUCAGGAGUUGCACUAUCAUGCAAGGCUGAGUACUUCUGCAUCGAAGUCUGCCUUUAGAUUACAUUACAUGCCAACUUUAAAACGGAGGCUAUUGGAUCCAUUACUGAAUGAUGGAGCUGCUUCCUUGCCCGAAAUCAUUUCUACUAUGGAUGCUUAUUAUCUCUCUAAAGAAGAUUGGGAUGGAAUAAUGGAUUUUAUGAUUGGCCAUGAAAACACAGAAGCCGCUUUAAAGAAAAUAUCCUCCAGUGAUAAACGUGCAUUCACUACCAUGUAUAAUAAGGUGACACACCCUGUUGCAAUUAACAGAACUGGCAUUUCAAAUGCUGUUAAUAUGAAGAGCAAAGAAGCUAAGCCUGAUUUUGAGGAGUUGGUUGAUGCUGAUGAUGACGUGCCAGCUGCUGAGGAAGAUGACGCUAAAGAUGAUGCUACAGAUUUGAAGAAGGACAAAUUAAUUAAGCUGAAGAAACCAAGGGUUACAUCCAAAAAGAGAGCAGCAACUUCUGCUGUAAAGAAUCCUGCCAAAAAAAAAAGACCACUAGAUGAGAAGAUAUUCCAAAUAUAUUUUUAUUCUUAUUAUGUCCCAGAACUACUCGCUUGUACAACGUUCGUCAACUUGUGA